AUGCCAGGCGCUGUCACCUCCGUCACGCCGACGGCCUCGGCGCCUCCGGGCCAGCCCGACAUCGCCUACGUCCCGGACUACGACAAGUGGCAGGCCCGGGCCGCGCGCCGGCUGAAGGAAGGGAACCUGCCUAAGACGCUGCCCGAAGGCUACCCGGCACAGCUGACGGGCGCCAUGGUCUGGGAGGGGGAGACGGUCGGGGACACGUACGACUGGACGUACGUCCUUAGUGACGAGCAGCUCGCGGAAAUCGACCGCGCCCUCGAGUACUUCCAAGGCCUGGGCCUGGCGCUGGGGCACAUCAGCGCGGUGACCUUCCCGCUGCCCACGCUGGGCGCGGAGCUGCGGCGGCUGUCGGCGGAGCUGCACGGCGGGCACGGGUUCUUCGUAGUGCGCGGUAUACGCGUAGACGCGCGCACGCGCGCCGAGAACGUAGCCAUCUACGUGGGGCUGUCGGCGCAGGUAGCGCCCCAGCGCGGCCGCCAGGACAACAAGCACGGCGGCGUCGCGGCCGACGUCGUGCUGGGCCACAUCAAGAACCUCAGCGGCCCCGCCGCCGCCGCCGUCGGCAGCCCCGCCUACACCGCCGACAAGCAGGUCUUCCACACCGACUCCGGCGACAUCCUCGCCCUCUUCGCCCUCGAGACCUCGGCCGCCGCCGGCGCUAGCAAGCUCGCCAGCACCUGGCGCGUCUAUAACGAGAUCGCCGCCACCCGCCCCGACCUCGUGCAUACGCUCUCCCACAACUGGGCCAUGGAAGACUCGUUCAAGGAGACAAAGAAGCAGUACAUCGAGCGGCCACUACUGCACCACCUACCGGCGACGACGACGGCGCCGGAGCGCAUCGAGCUGCAGUACGGGCGGCGCUACUUCGUCGGGUUCGGCGCGCUGCCGCGGCGGCCCACGAUCCCGCCCAUCACCGAGGCGCAGGCCGAGGCCCUCGACGCCCUCCACUUCCUCAGCGAGCGCUUCUGCGUCAACACCGGCUUCCGGAAAGGAGACAUCCAAUACAUCAACAACCUCGCCCUCUUGCACGCCCGCGACGGGUUCACCGACACGCCUGAGAAGACCCGUCAUCUCCUGCGCCUGUGGCUGCGCGACCCCGAAUACGCCUGGCUGAUUCCCCAGGCCUGGGAGUAUAGGUGGGAGCAGCUUUACGGCGGCGUCACGCCGGAGAAGCAAGUUCUUCCGCUGGAGCCCUUCAUCCGGAGUGCAGGCAAUAAAGCAAAACAGAGACCGAGAGAAGGAAGAAAAGGAGCGAGGAAGUGA